AUGGAAGCAGAGGGAGUAAAUAUGCUUGUUUGGGCACCUGAUGAUAAAGAUGGAUUCAUUUUAUGCAAAAUUAUUGACAUCGGUUGUGAAUGGGUGACACUACAGCGAUUGCACGAAACAGAAACGUUCCAAGCUUUUACGAUAAUAUUUUCCUGCUGGGGAUGA